GGAAGUCGCGCCGGGACCGGAUGUGGCGGCGGCGACGGCAGCGGCCGCAGCCCUCGGCGGGGCCGCCGCCAUGGACGCAGCCACUCUUACCUAUGACACUCUCAGGUUUGAAUACGAAGACUUCCCCGAGACCAAAGAGCCCGUCUGGAUCCUUGGCCGGAAAUACAGUGUCUUUACAGAGAAAGAAGAGAUCCUGUUGGAUGUGACCUCUCGGCUUUGGUUCACCUACAGAAAGAACUUCCCUGCUAUCGGAGGAACUGGUCCCACAUCGGAUACUGGCUGGGGGUGUAUGCUGCGGUGUGGCCAGAUGAUCUUUGCUCAGGCCUUGGUCUGCAGACAUUUGGGAAGAGACUGGAGGUGGAUAAAAGGAAAGAGGCAGACGGAUAAUUACUUCAACGUUCUUAAUGCCUUCAUUGACAAAAAAGACAGCUACUACUCCAUUCACCAGAUUGCCCAGAUGGGAGUUGGAGAGGGAAAAUCCAUAGGGCAGUGGUACGGACCAAACACAGUCGCACAAGUGCUCAAGAAACUUGCGACUUUUGAUACCUGGAGUUCCCUGGCAGUCCAUAUAGCCAUGGACAACACCGUAGUGAUGGAAGAAAUCCGGCGGCUGUGCCAGUCCAACUUCCCGUGUGCUGGAGCUGCAGCGUGCCCAGCUCUGGAGUCAGACGUGUUCUACAAUGGGUGCCCGGCGGAUGCGGGCGUCAGAGAUCGGCUCUCCCUGUGGAAACCAUUGGUGCUGCUGAUACCUCUCCGCCUUGGGCUUACAGAGAUCAAUGAAGCUUAUAUUGAAACACUAAAGCACUGCUUCAUGAUGCCCCAGUCCCUGGGAGUGAUCGGAGGGAAACCAAACAGUGCUCACUACUUCAUUGGCUAUGUCGGUGAGGAGCUCAUUUACCUGGAUCCCCACACUACGCAACCUGCAGUGGAGCCCAACGAUGGCAGCUGCCUCCCCGAUGAGAGCUUCCACUGCCAGCACCCUCCCUGCAGAAUGAGCAUCGCUGAGCUCGACCCUUCCAUCGCAGUGGGCUUUUUCUGCAACACAGAGGAGGACUUUAAUGAUUGGUGCCAGCAAAUCAAAAAGCUGUCCCUGGUAAGAGGAGCGCUGCCCAUGUUUGAACUGGUCGAACGUCAGCCAUCACAUUUCUCCAACCCUGACGUCCUGAAUCUCACACCAGGUGAGGCCACACAGAGAGGCAGAGCUAAGGACUCCUCCGAUGCUGAUAGAUUGGAAAGGUUCUUUGACUCGGAAGACGAAGACUUCGAAAUCCUAUCCCUUUGAAAUCAAAUAGGAAAACUGACUCCGAAUUUGUGUUACGUGUGGGGAGAAGGGGGGGAGGGAAGCUCCUUCGAGAGCCUGGGGCUACCGGUUUUCAUAGGCGCUUGCUGCCAUCCCCGCCUCUUGUCCAUCCUGGCACUCUGUGCAGCCUCAGCGGAGCGCGCAUUGUCUGCGUUGGGAUGAAGAACCAAGUGGAUGUUACAGCCUUACUGGCUGGAGUCGGAAUUUCUCAGCAGAAAACAGUUGCUGGCAGCGGAUGCGGUGGCGCUUAGGAGUUCCAAGUCUUUCUAUUCCAUCAGCAGGUCCAUCGCCCUUCCGCGGAGGCACAGAAAUCGUUAGAGCACUAAGUCCUCCCCUGGGGACUCCCCUCCGAAGCUUAGAGCUCCCCCACCACUUAGCAGGUGAAAUGCGUAGUUCAUUCCUUUAGCAGCUUCUCUUCUGGCUGGCCGACCUGGACUGCAGCUCACCGUGCAAAUGAACAGCAGCCACGACCCGAGACAGCUGGGAAACCCCUGGAGCAGUACAGCUCCUGUUCACUCAUACCUUCCUCGGGGGUGUAAACCCCUUCUCUUGUGCGCAUCUCGUGAAAAGGAAGCGGAGGGAACUCACAAGUGACUGGUAAAUCAAUAAGAAAGGCUGUCUGCAAAAGCGUGGAGCAAACCUGUGCUGCUGGGGAGGAGCGGCUCCAUCUCAGUUUAAAUAACGGCAGAAAGAAGGGAAGGAGAACAGGAAAAGUGCGUGGCCUUGCUGGGUGAGUCCAUAAAGUGUUGUGUUUUUCCAAUGGGUCCAUCUCUACAGUGAGUAUCUUCAGGAAAGCUGCUGUGAGCAGAGAACUGGGUUCCGUAGCCCUGGAAAAGGCAGGUCCACAGCUGAGAGGCGAAACAGGACAGCUGAGAUCUGCCGGUCGUGUGCCUGCGCCCCAGCAUGGCAUUUAGGGCAUGAAUCCAGUCAGUACCAAGACCUGAGUUAGCAAAGCUCCUCAAGGUACCCUUGGUAGGUUGUCUGGCAGCUCCUCCUGGGUAGACUUUCCUUUUCCAAAUCUGAAAAGGUGCCUAAAGGUCAAGUUGGUUUCCCAGCUGCGGCGGUGCCUUUCUUUCCUUCCUUCUCUGUGCAGAGUGGGCACAGAGGGACUGCAGGAACUGACCCAGAGAAACCCAUUUCGAGUAGUCAUCUGGAGGAGGGCAGUGAAGACAGGAGGCCUUGAGAAGGUCUGGUUAUACUGGAAUUGUAGUUGCCUGGAGGCUGGCUCUGCCUAGAGCCCUUCUCCACAUGGAUUUCUGAGGAAGGAACCAUGGAAGAGAGUUGUCUUAACACAAGCUGCAACGAGUGGUGCUGCAGUCGCUUCCUCAGUGCGUGCUGCGCGUUGCAGACCUGUUCGUAAGGCUUUGUGCUGCACAUUUAGGGUUGGAACCUGUCACCUAAAGCUUUUGUGCCCAAGGAUGGCGGCCGCUGGCCAGCAGUGACCCAUUCCCCCAUGUCUGCCCCACCGACGCUCUAACUGUCCCUGUGCUACCCAAAGGCAGAGGUUUGAACCGGGAACCACAAUGCUUCUGUCACUAAAUUAUUAUUUGCUGCUUUCUGCCUGCUUCUCCUCUCCUCCGCAGCAGUCGGGGGG